AUGGGGGUCGCCACUGCUGUUGAAACUUUCACAGGUUAUCAGAUUGGAAGAACACGGAUGGCCCUUCGGUUCUUGAAUGAAGGACGCGAAACUUACUCAAUAUAUGAACAAAAAAAGGAAGGUGAAUGUUGUGAAAGGCAUUUGAAAGGCAUCUGCAGGAUUGAAACUUGUCCUUAUCCUGCUUUUUGGGUUAGUGAAUUAAUCUUCUCAGCAGCACCUACAAUCAACUCUGGUGGUGAUUGUCCUAACUCAUCGUCAUUGGUUUACGGGAACUGUGAAUUAAUUCAGCCUUACCAAGGUCUUCAACCUGAGCUUUUCUUCAAGAUGUCACAUGAGAUCUAUAACUAUGGAGAACACCAAUAUGAAUGCAACUUUGUAGUAGUUCCUGAAGAUGGCAAUUGUAUAAAUGUCUUCUGCCAGAGGAGUUGCAACGCUGCCCAUAUUCGAAGAUUGGUCGGGAAACCGGGUGCAAGUAUUGCCUUGGAACAGAUUUCCGACAUUGGAGGUAUUGGUCAAAGGUUGUACCAUGGAAGAGUGAAAGUGUUGGAUUCAGGUGAUUAUGGGGUCGCCGCUGCUGUUGAAACUUUCACAGGAAUGGUGAAAAUGAAGCAGAGAAUCCAAAGAGUGCCGAGGAGAAUGGACCGUUUAGAUGUUUGGAUAUGGGACUUACUUCACGAAAACUUAAUGCAGCAACCCUGGAUCUGUUAA